UUUGUCGGUUUUGCAGACACAGUUUAGCCGCAGUGAAUCGGAAACGACAGGAAUGGCAGCGCGAUUGAUAAAGCAAAUUACGGUCGCUCCGUUCGGCACGCGCUCGUAUGCGUCCGGUGUGCGCAAGGUGACGCUCAUCCCCGGCGAUGGCAUUGGUCCGGAAAUUUCCGCAGCCGUGCAGAAGAUUUUCACCGUCGCCAACGUGCCGAUUGAGUGGGAAACGGUCGAUGUGACGCCGGUGCGGAAUCCGGAUGGCAAAUUUGGUAUCCCGCAAGGUGCCAUCGACUCGGUCAAUCGCAACAAGGUGGGCCUUAAGGGACCGCUGAUGACACCGGUCGGCAAGGGUCACCGUUCGCUCAACUUGGCCCUCCGUAAGGAGUUCAACCUGUACGCGAACGUGCGCCCCUGCCGGAGCCUCGAGGGCUACAAGACACUGUACGACAACGUGGACGUGGUAACGAUCCGUGAGAACACCGAGGGUGAGUACUCCGGCAUCGAGCAUGAGAUCGUCGACGGCGUGGUGCAGAGUAUCAAGCUGAUCACGGAGGAAGCCUCCAACCGGGUGGCCGAAUAUGCGUUCAAAUAUGCCAAAGAUAACAACCGCAAGAAGGUCACGGUCGUACACAAGGCAAACAUCAUGCGUAUGUCGGACGGUCUGUUCCUACGCUGCUGCCGCGACAUGGCCCAGAAGUACCCGGAGAUCAAGUUCGAGGAGCGCUACCUCGACACGGUCUGCCUCAACAUGGUGCAGGAUCCGAGGAAGUACGACGUGCUGGUCAUGCCCAACUUGUACGGUGACAUUCUGUCCGAUAUGUGUGCCGGUCUGGUCGGUGGCCUCGGUCUGACCCCGUCCGGCAACAUGGGCCUGAACGGUGCGCUGUUCGAGUCGGUGCACGGUACCGCCCCGGACAUUGCCGGCAAGGAUCUGGCCAACCCGACCGCCCUGCUGCUGUCGGCGGUCAUGAUGCUGCGGCACAUGGAGCUGAACCAGCAUGCGGACAAGAUUCAGAACGCUUGCUUCGAGACGAUCAAGGAGGCGAAGUACUUAACUGGCGAUCUCGGUGGCAAAGCCAAGUGCUCGGAGUACACCAACGCCAUUUGCGACCGGAUCAAGUAAUGCGCCAGACUAACUGUCCGGAGGAAGCUGGGAAAGCGGAUAACAUCCCACACGAUGCCAUGCAAAAGAAAGAGAAAAAAGGGAAAUGAAUGCAGGAGCGAAGAAUUGAAUUCAUAGUGGCUGUUCUUAGUAAAUUACGACGCGAAAAGAGAGGAAGCGAAUCGCAGCAACCAAGCAAACCAAGUAAAGCAAGCAACUAGUAAACUAUUUAUUGAUAUAAUUUUAAAAAUUACAUAAAACACCAACGCAGAGCCCAUCGCUCCGAUCCGAGCAAACGUCCGCCGACCGAGUUUAAAGCAGGCCAACAUUGAAACCGAUAGAUACGCCCGCAAUGGCCCAAUCUAGCCUGUUGAGAUGGGAACCAGUAUUAAGCUGAAUACAGACACACCGAUGGCGUCCAAAGACCGACAAGUAUCCUAAAACAAACAAACAAAAAACAUCCACCACACUGCUUGACAAAACGAAAAGAAAAACGAAUCCUGCCAAUCGAUGGUGCACACAAACACGCGAUCCGAACAGGCAACUUUCCUCUGGUGGAGCUCUGGAAUAAGUUUGUUUUUAUUUCAACCUCCCACCCCCCGAGAGACGACAAUAAUAACAGCAAAAUACGGUCUGCUUCGAAGGAGCGCAAGGCAAGCGGUGGAGUUUUUUUAAGUUUUUAACUAAUCACUGUACCGACAAACAAUAGCGUGCGCGCGCGCCCGGAUUGGUGGAAGCAUCGCAAAUAGUAGAGGUAGAGCACGACCUAACCAAACGACGCGAAUAAAUCGACCACAUAUGCGCCCCACAAAACAGGAAUGCAAAUGCUUCUACUGGUGAAGCGAAACAAUCUCAACCCGCGGCAGGACGCGACAGAGAAUAGGACGUGGAAGUACGACAAAAAAAGCGUGCGGUUGCUAACACUAGUCCAGCGCCAACAGUAAUUGUACAUGAUGCGACCAGAACCACCAGAAUGGAAAUAAAAACAAUGUUUCGAAUAUA